AUGUCGUUUACGCACAAUGAGAAUUCUCUCGACCCCAGACCCAGAACGCUCAAGUCCACUCGCUCCGCGUUGAACAAUGUCACCAAUACUACGGUUGCACAAGAAGCGAAGACUGUCAAUUCUGGCGCACGAUCACUGGGCAAAGCGCUUCGCACCGCGAGGUCCAGGCUUCAAAAUGCUAAGACCGCUGGAUCUCUUAUCCCACAGGUAAGGCGAGAAAAUGUUGGUCAAGAGAUCUCUUCUAACUCCAACAGCAACAAUGUGAAUGAUACUACUUGUUCCAACACCGCUAGUUCGGUGAAAAGCUCAAACACCAGCAACCUAGACACAACAUCCGAAUCUACCCCAUCAGACCUUGAUAAGGAGAAUGUAGACCCGUUCGUAUCAAAACUACCGAGCAUCGAGGAAGAGCAACAAUUAUCUCAAUCCCAAUCACUCUCCAGCUCCAACGAAGCACUUAACUAUACUGAAAACCAAACGAUGCUUAAGGACUCCGACUACAGUAGUGUGAUUCAGACAGAGGCCCAUCACAACAGUUUACAGCAAGAACAGCGACAGAUGCAACACCAUUCCACCGAAUUAUUGGAGCCAAUUACCGACGUCAGUAAGAAGAGACCUAUAUCUACCGUAGUCGAGCAGGAGGAACCUAAGAAGUUCAAAGUUUGCGCUAAGGGAACCGAGUAUGAAUGGGAAGAUUUAGAUGCCGAAGAUGUAAAUGACCCAUUUAUGGUCAGCGAAUAUGUUACAGACAUCUUUGAGUAUCUACACAAGUUGGAGAUCAUGACUUUGCCGAACCGUCAUGAUCUUUACAAGCACAGUAAUAUUCGUCAGAAUAGAGAUAUACUGGUCAAUUGGAUGGUCAAAAUUCACAAUAAAUUUGGACUGCUACCAGAGACACUCUAUCUCUCUUUGAAUAUAAUGGACAGGUUUCUUUGUAAAGAGCUUGUACAAUUGGAGAAGUUACAAUUGGUCGGUACUGCAUGCUUAUUCAUUGCCUCAAAAUAUGAAGAAGUCUACUCUCCAAGUGUUAAACAUUUUGCAUACGAAACCGAUGGCGCUUGCGAUGAAGACGAGAUUAGAGAAGGUGAGAAGUUCAUUCUCAAGACCCUUGAAUUCAAUCUCAAUUACCCCAAUCCAAUGAACUUUUUGAGAAGGAUAUCAAAAGCAGAUGAUUACGAUAUACAAUCACGAACACUGGCGAAAUACCUUCUAGAAAUUUCUAUCGUGGAUUUUAGAUUCAUUGGUGUUUUGCCGUCAUUAUGUGCUGCAACAUCUAUGUUUCUUUCAAGGAAAAUGCUGGGCAAAGGAAAAUGGGAUGGUAAUCUCAUACACUACAGCGGUGGCUACACAAGGGAAGAGCUUGCACCAGUGUGCAAUAUGGUUAUGGAUUAUUUAGUUCAACCUGUUGUUCACGAUGAAUUCUUCAAGAAGUAUGCAUCCAGAAAAUUUAUGAAAGCAUCAGUUAUUUCACGACAAUGGGCGAAGAAAGUGGUUGCACACGGUUACGACAUCAUGACACUGCAUGAAACCUCCGAAUGA